UUCCUGUCCCAGGACUGUGGUUAUGGGGAUGGGGGAGAGGGCGGCCGCUGUGUGGCGUGUGCAGAGGGGCAGUUCAGUACUGAGACUGGGUUGGCCCCCUGCUGGCAGUGCACUCGUUGUAUUCUGCUAAACCGCCAGGAGAGAGCAGUGUGCUCACCCACCAACAACGCCCAGUGUGGCAACUGCCUCCCAGGGUAUUAUAAGCUCAGAAGUAGGAGUGGGGAGGUGGACCUGUCGUGCAUGCCCUGUUACAGCCCCACAGGCAAGAUCCGGAAAGAGUGUUUACCUUUGCAGUGGAAACACACCUCCACAGCAGUGACGCUGGAUACGGUCCAAGUCUCCAUGGCUCUUAUUGGUUCAGUGACUUCCGCCUCAAUCUUCCUACUGCUUCUGUUGCUUUGGGCCUUACUACUGAUCAUUGAGAGAUUCAAACAGGUUCCAAAGUAUUGUCCUGAAGGUCUACAUUCUGAAGUAGACACAGCCUUCCCACGGAAUACACUCCUCUCUAACACCACAGAGACUGGAGAGAAACCACCAGUUACCCCAUCAGAGAGUCCUGGACCAACACAGAACGCCCAACACAGAUGCCUAAGCUCACUGAGCCAUGAGGGUGAAGUGCAUCCCACCUCCAUUGUCAUCAAUGUCACCACCAACAUUAAGCCAUCCCUUCAACAUGGAGGUGAAGACGGCCCCUGGGAGGGUCAGAGAGGACACUGUCACACACCAGAGGAGAUGGAACAAAAACUGUUGGAAAUCUGCACAGUUUCUCAAGGUCAGAGUCUGGAGGAGCUAAACUAUGACACAGUCCAGGACCUGUCUCUGCUGCUGGACUCAGGGGGCUGUGGCCGGGGCAGUGGGGUGAGAAGGCUGGGCUAUUCCCUGGGUGUCACCCCGGAGGUCCUUUCUAACCUCCAUGGCUUCCAGGAUCUCUUCCAGUACCUGCGCACCUCCACCUACAUCCUACUGCCCCAACUGGCCCAGGCCGCCGCCCUCCUGCCCCGCCCUGACGUUGUUGCUAGGAUACACCGUGGUCUGGUGACCAAUCACACAGAGACAUCCAGGCCCUAGGGACAUGUUGCCAAUCCCACCUUGGCCUGUGUGACAUACAGUGCAUUUGGAAAGUAUUCAGACCCCUUGACUUUUUCCACAUUUUGUUACGUUACAGCCUUAUUCUAAAAUGGAUUCAAUUGUUUUCUCCCCUCAUCAAUCUAAACACAAUACCCCAUAAUGACAAAGCAAAAACAGGCAUUUCGAUUUUUUCCCCAAAAAACAUAAAAUAAUAAUAACUGAAAUAGCACAUUUACAUAAGUUCAGACCCUUUACUCAGUACUUUGUUGAAGCAGCUUUGGCAGCAAUUACAGCCUCAAGUCUUCUUGGGUUUGACGCUACAAGCUUGGUACACCUGUAUUUGGGGAGUUUCUUCCAUUCUUCUCUACAGAUCCUCUCAAGCUCUGUCAAGUUGGAUUGGGAGUGUCGCUGCACAGCUAUUUUCAGGUCUCUCCAGAUAUGUUCAAUCGGGUUCAAGACCGGGCUCUGGCUGGGCCAUUCAAGGAUAUUCAGAGACUUGUCCCCAAGCCACUCCUGGGUUGUCUUGGCUGUGUGCUUUUGGUCAUUGUCCUGUUGGAAGGUGAACCUUUGCCCCAGGUCCUGAGGUCGUGGGGCAAAGGUCAUGAGCGCUGACGUCCUGAACGUUUUGGAGCAGGUUUUCAUCAAGGAUCUCUCUGCACUUUGCUCCGUUCAUCUUUCCCUCGAUCCUGAUUAGUCUCCCAGUCCCUGCCGCUGAGAAACAUCCCCACAGCGUGAUGCUGUGGAGCUCUGUCAGAGUGACCAUCACCUCACUGACCAAGGCCCUUCUCCCCAGAUUGAUCAGUUUGACCAUGCAGCCAGCUCUAGAAAGAGUCUUGGUGAAUCCAAACUUCUUACAUUUAAGAAUGAUGUCCACUGUGUUCUUGGGGACCUUCAAUGCUGCAUAAAUGUUUUGGUACCCUUCCCCAGAUCUGUGCCUCGACACAAUCUUGUCUCGCUCUACGGACAAUUCCUUCGACCUCGUGGCUUGGUUUUUUCACCUGUGGGACCUUGUAUAGACAGGUAUGUGCCUUUCUAAAUCACGUCCAUUCAAUUGAAUUUACCACAGGUGGACUCCAAUCAAGUUGUAGAAACAUCUCACUGAUGAUCAAUGGAAACAGGAUGCACCUGAGCUCAAUUUCGAGUCUCAUAGCAAAGGGUCUGAAAACGUAUUUAUUUUAUGAAUUUUCAAACAUUUCUAAAAACCUGUUUUUGCUUUGUCAUUAUGUCAAUGUUGGUUUAAUCAAGCGAAACAGAGCAGAACUUGACAGUUUGAAACGUGAUUUCUUUUGGGCUAUAAACUGCCAUUGCUUGUACACAUUUGGUUAAAUUAACCCAUUGAAUGUAUAGCCAUUACAUAUGUAAUACCGUUGAACUCCUUUCUGUUGCAUAAGACAGUCUGGAAUCAUUUGUUUGCAUAUGGUGUGAAUAGUCAGCAUUGUAAUGUGACCUAGAUAGAUGACUUGUCAUCCGAAUCACAGGAGGCAAAGCACAGAGACGUCAUCAUUAACCAUCAAAUAGUAUGUAAACGGCAGGCUGUGAACCCAUGACAAAUAUACCAUUGUGGGGUUUAUAGUAUCUCAUAGGUAUACUGGCCCAACAUCUCACUACCACUUCCAUUAUUUGUGAUGGUGGUUAGAGUGUUAAAUAACAUGGGGCUCUUCUGUAUCAUUCAGGGCAGUGUAACUGAACCCACAGUGUCAUGUUUCUCCCUGUUUUCCAUUCAAAUUAAUGAGGGCCCGCUGGCUAAGGCAUGUGAGAUGGGGUAGGACAGAAGCAUUAGUGUUGGAUGGAAAUAGGGAGAACAUGUUGUUUUCUUUAUGGGAGGGGUUGGUUCACCAUUGCAGCAAAGCAGUUUCUCCUGAAACUAUCUCCUCAGACUCUCCAGCUUUCUCCAUAAGGUAAGUCCUCAAGGAGACUUUGUAUUUAUGCUAUGACAGCAAUACAUAUAAUGUUUAUACAAAACAAUAAAUGUAACCUUUAUUUAACUAGACAAGUCAGUUAAGAACCAAUUCUUAUUUACAAUGACGGCCUACUCCAGCCAAAUCCGGACGACGCCGGGUGAAUUGUGCACUGCCCUAUGGAACUCCCAAUCACGGCCAGAUGUGAUACAGCCUGGAUUCAAACCAGGGACUGUAGUGACGUAUCCUGCACUGCGAUGCAGUGCCUUAGACCGUGGCGCCACUCGGGAGGCCUAAUAUUACUUGUGUUCUAAUUAAACUUCCAUUGUAA